AACGAGGAUGGUCAUGGAGUUGACCCUUGCAAGAAAGACAGAAGCAAUACGCAAUCCCACGCAAGCCCAUCCAAUAAUUGUCCAAUAAACAAACCUCAUCAAAUCCGGAUGGAUAGAUAGAUAGAUAGGUUAAGGUUUCAUCUUUCUUCUUCUCCUUCAAUCAAUCAACCAACUACCGCACCCUCUUACACAAAAAAAAAAAAAAAACAAACGAACUCAGAUUUCUUCAUUCCUUCCAUCCAAUUCCAAUCCCCAGAUUCAUCCAAAAUGGAUCAACACCACUUCCUCCACCACCACCACUACCAUCCCCAAGAACACCGUAAUCGAUACACCUCCCUCACACCUCAAUCCCACCACCACCAUAACAAUCUCCCUCCGCCGCCCCCAAAUCCUCCUCCGCCUCUUUCCUACCACCGCACACCCCAACACUACACCCCUCCUACACCCCAACCCCAACCCCAACAACAGCAAUUCCCUUAUACACCCCUCCCACAUCGCCCUCUCGAAGAAGAACCCCAACCCCAACCCCAACGCCAUAUCCCCUACGACCUUCUCCCUCGCCGCACCACCACCCUCCCCUGGAACCCUAACCCUAGAAUUCCUGAUGAUUUCGAUCGCGAUUUCCACCUCCACCGCCCUCUCCCGCCGCCACCCCUGAUCGAAUCCCACCGCUACGACCCCGACCGGCACCACCACCACCGCGUCGUCGUCGAUCCAUAUGAGCAGAACCCUAGGGAGCCCCUUGCGUGGGGGGGCGGCGGCUACCACGCGCCGGGCCAGGGCGACGUGGACCCCACGCCCUACGUCCGCGUGUACACCAUGGAAUCCGAUGCCGAUGCGGCGGGGAGAACAACCUCCAAGAGAUGGGUAAUGAGUGAUAGAGAUAGAGGAAGAGAGAUGCUCGAGUCUUCUUCUAGUUUAGUGAGUAAUAGUGUUAACAAUGAGAAAUAUUAUCAUGGCUCUGAGAGCAAUAUGAUGGGUAGGUAUAGUAGAGGGAAUAGUAGAGAGUGUGGUCAUACCCAUGAAUUUGCACGCACUCCUCCGAAGAAACAGGUGCAGAAGAAGAGUGCUCUUCUUAGGAUUCAGACGGUUAAACCUAAUAAUAAUCAUAGGAACCGCGACAAUCGCGAGGUUGAGCCGUUACGGUACCCAGGUUAUGGUUCUGAGUGUAGCAAUGGUUUUUACAGGGGAAAGGAGCAGUAUUUGGGUCAUGGGGUGAAGGGGGAUGAGAGGGAAGAGAGAGAGGGGAGUCCUGUUGAGAUUGAUAUUUCUUUUGAGUCCAAUUCGCUGGUGGCAAAGGCGAAGGCGAUUGUGGCGCCACCUUCGAGUUUGGUGUCGGUUCCUGAUUUGAAUGUGAUGCCAAUUGCAGAUUCGGAUUUGGUUUAUGGGGGGAGGAGUAAAAGGGUUUCGGGCACUGAUGGUGAUUAUUCUGGUUUGCAAUUGCAGCAACCGGUUAGAAUGUCUUCGGUUGUUGUUGUGGAUUUAAAUAGGUCGCCUUGCAAAGGGAAUGAUAGCUUGGGCUCGAGGAAGGAGGUUAUGGGGUCGAAGAAGAAGAAUGUUGAUGAUGGUUCUUCCCGGUCUAGUGCCAGGGAGGCCGAUGGUUCCCGUGGGAAAAAGGAGGUGCCAAAUUCUGUUAAGGUUGGCAAUGUUGGUUCUGGUAAAUUGACCUUGAAGGUUGUCAAGAAGAAGAAAAUUGUUAAGAGAGUGGUGAAGAAAGGUACUGCAAGUUCUAAGUCAUCUGUGUCGAAUUCACUACCAGCUAAAACACUUCCUGGAACUGUGAAAGCAGAGAGUGUUGCAUGUAUUUCAUUGACUGCCUCUGGUCCUGAGAAAAUUGAAGCUAAUUUGGAUGAGAAAAGCAACACUGUUGAUGAGGUGGCUAAGCCUGACUGUUUGCACCCUUUACCAAAGGAAGGGAAUGUAUUGAAAGAAGAAGCAGAGGUAGGCUUAUUGCAGCCGAGUUUGGGGCCACAUUCCGGGUCACAAGAGUGUAAGAGUGACAAAGAUUCUGAUAUUGGGAAAGUAUCCAGGUUUGAAAAAGAUGGAAACAUUUCAAAUUCUCUAUCUUGUGCUUCUAGUAGUGAAGAUAAAAAGAGUGAUUCUGAUUGUUUAGAUGCAAAUGAUUCUGUCCAUGAUAAUGCAAAUACAUCUGACUGUUUAGAUGCAAAUAAUUCUGUGCCAAAUACUGUCAAGGUUACUAAAUCAUUAAGUGGAAGUAAUAUUUCAGUAGUCACUAACAUGGAUUAUGGUAAUAAGCAAUUAUGUCAGAAUGAAGUGUCUCUAUCACCUGGGAAAUAUUCAAAUGCAGGAUCCCCACAGAAUAGGAAUCUUGUAGAUGCAGGGGAUGAACUUUUGAAAAGCAGUGUUAUUUCAUGUUCAGGAAAAACUAGGAUUCAGGAUGGUCUGGAUUGCCUCCAACAUGCCAGUGCACUAAAGCACAGUUCUGAUAAUGGAUCAUCUAAUUUAGAAGAUAGUACUAGUGUUGACUUUUCUGGUAUUAUGCAUGAUGCUGGAAAGCAGGUGUCCCCUGGUCAUGUCAUCAUAUCCCCUGAGAAUUGUGAGACAGAAAAAGCAUUCCCCAAUUAUAAUGUUUCAGCUGGAUCUGGUGAAGGGGACACAAAUAUGAUAAAAAAGAGAAAAGAUAGAACACACUUAAAAUAUUUGAGUUCAGAGAUGGAGUGCUUAUCUCCAGACUAUGUAAAUUCAGAUAGGCUUGCAAAUAAUGUGGAUGGAGGCUCAAGUCUGUUGUUGAAAGAUCCAUCUCCUUCAGAAGUUUUAGCGCAACCUGUUCAAAGCUUAGAUUUUAACUCACUAUCCGGCCUGGAUGGGGUUACUGCUUUACAUGUUGUAAAUAAUGACAAUGAUAAUGCAAAUGAGGUUUCACCAGCUUCUAAAAGGAAAAAAGUCACAGCUAACCCAUAUUUCACAAAAUGUCAAUCGGAAUUCUGUGCUGUGAUUGUGCCUUCCCCCACAUCUGAAGCUCCUGUGAGUUUCAGUGAUAACCAAGAACAUCAGAAAGAAGUUGUUUUUGCAAGCAUGGGUAUGAGUAUUCUGUCUACUGCUCAGUCAAUACUUUAUUCAGAGAAUAUUACUAAAAUGUCUGAAAAUAUUUUGGCUGGAGGAUCUUUUGAGUCUAUUGAUGCAGAUAAGGAAACUAUGAGUUCUGAGCAUUUGGAAUUGCAGCACUCAGAUAUAGUCUCUUUUUCACCAAGUGAGGACGUGGCAUUUCCAAAUGUUCAGUUGUCAUCAUUGGAAGGUGAGUGCAAAGAAAACAUUACUCCAAUUGUGCCUACAAGUAAUAUUCAAACAGAUGUUUUGGCUGUGGGAAUUAUAGCGGGGCAAAAGACUGAUUUACAGGCUGUUGAAGAAAAUUACCAGUAUAGAGAGCAUGUGCAAAGGUCACCAAGAGCUGAUAUGGAACCUAAUGAUCACAAUAUGAAGAAUGAUUUGCUUGCUCGGCAGAACCUUAUGUCUUGUCCAGCCAGUAGUGAUGAAGUCACUACAAGUAAUUUGAAUAACGAAGUGAUUGAGGAUGUACCUGAUGCAUUAUCAGAUAUGUUUUCUCAAGGGAUGGCAUCUGAAGUACCGGAUCAAAGGGUUUUAGAAUUUACAGCAAUCAACGAUGAAAAUAUUUGUGGGGUUGAAGAAAAUCCAGAUAACAACAUAUCUAUUGUUGGACAUGGUUCUGACUUAAAUACUUCAUCAAUACAGCAGACUAGAAAAAAUAUGAAGUCAGGUCAUGCAAUCGAACAUAGUAACCUGAUCACAAAGAAGACAAUGUCAGAACCAUCCCAAGUUUCUUCCAGAGUUACAACUCAGGCUUUAAAUUCAUAUCGUUUUGGGUUGAGUGGGACCAAAAACCAGUCAGGUAGUGUCAUUCCCAAAACUUUUCCAGGUCAUUCUUUCACCUUUUCAAAGGCAUCUGCCUCUUCACCUCAUGUAUCAAAGCCUCGAACUUGGCUUCGUACAGGUAAUAUUCCUCCCACUUCUGUACUUAGAAUCAAGCCUUCAGUAGAAACAGUUCCUCCCAAAAGGCCAAUUCUAGAAACAAAAGGGAACUUUCAAAAUACCUCUUAUGUUCGUAAAGGUAACAGUCUUGUAAGGAAACCUACUCCAGUUUCCACUCUACCUCAAAUCUCCUCUGUUAAUCAGACAUCUUCUUUGGGCAUAGAUGAAAUACCAAAAAGCAUUAAAUCUGGAAGGAGGGCUGAUGGGACAGAUAAACCAAUGUACUUGAAAACAGGAGCAAUAAAUGCUCCACAGCAGAGAACACCUCCACUACCAAUUGACACCAAAUUAGAGGAAAAUAGAUCUUCCUCAUUGGUAGAACCUCCUUCUGGUGGUUGCUGUGAAAAUGCAUCAGAUGUUAGGAAAUUUAUAGAAACUGAUAAUAUUGCACCAAAUUCUUCUGAAGAUGCACUGAAGCAUUGUGAAACUCCAGAAAAUCAAUCUGGUCCAUCUGAUAAUGGGGAGAGCCAAGGUGAAGCAAACGAUGGAAAUGUUUUUCCUUUGAAUACAAAGAGAAUAGUAUAUAUAAAGCCCAAAACAAAUCAAUUGGUUGCAACAUCAAAUUCUUAUGAUGUUUCUGUCUCUACUGAUGACAAUCUCCAAACUGCCUUCUCUGAUGGCUACUACAAGAGAAGAAAAAAUCAAUUGGUUAGGACUACAAUCGAAAGCCAUAUCAACCAGACAGUUGCAAUGCCCAAUAACACGGCAAAUUCUGAUGGACAAGGAACUAGUAAUGCUCUUUGCAACAGGAGGUUUAGUAAGAAGCGGACACAUAAGGUUGGUAGGAGUUCAUUUAAACGUUCAAGAGCCUCAUUAGUGUGGACACUCUGUAGCAAAAAUUCUUCUGAAAAUGACAGGGACUCACGACAUUAUCAAAGGGCUUUACCUCUAUUGUUUCCAUGGAAAAGAGCAGCAUUUGCUUCAAGCUUGAAUAACAGUUCCUUAUCUGCAAUCAGCAAAAAAUUGCUUCAGUUGAGAAAGAGGGAUACAGUUUACACUAGGUCAAUCCACGGGUUUUCACUUCGGAAAUCCAGAGUUUUAGGUGUUGGGGGGUGUAGUUUAAAAUGGUCCAAAUCCAUUGAGAAGAACUCAAAGCUAGCUAAUGAGGAAGCCACACUUGCUGUUGCUGCAGUAGAGAGGAAGAAGAGAGAGCAGAAAAAUGCAGUUUGCAUCAGUUCUCUGUCAAAGAGAGAGCGUAUAUUUCGCAUUGGUUCAGUUCGCUACAGAAUGGAUCCUUCCAGGAGAACACUUCAGAGGAUUUCAGACGAUGAAUCCCUGUCCUCUGCAUCUACCUGUUCAGGUUUGGCUUCCAAAAGAGCUUACAUUCCAAGGAGAUUAGUGAUUGGAAAUGAUGAAUAUGUCCGAAUUGGCAAUGGUAACCAGCUUAUCAGAGACCCAAAGAAACGAACUCGAAAAUUGGCAAAUGAAAAAGUUAGAUGGAGCUUGCACACUGCCAGACAGCGAUUGGCACGAAAGCAGAAGUAUUGUCAGUUUUUUACUAGAUUUGGGAAAUGUAACAAGGAUGGAGGGAAGUGUCCUUAUAUUCAUGAUCCCUCAAAAAUCGCUGUCUGUACUAAGUUCCUGAAUGGUUUAUGUUCUACUCCCAACUGCAAAUUGACACAUAAGGUUAUUCCAGAGAGAAUGCCAGAUUGUUCUUACUUCUUGCAAGGCUUAUGCUCAAAUAGAAAUUGUCCAUAUAGACAUGUCAAUGUGAACCCCAAGGCAUCUAUUUGUGAAGGAUUUCUCAAGGGUUAUUGUGCUGAUGGGAAUGAGUGUCGGAAGAAGCACAGCUAUGUCUGUCCUACUUUUGAAGAAACAGGAACCUGUACUCAAGGAACCAAAUGUAAACUUCAUCACCCCAAAAAACAAAGCAAGGGAAAGAAAAGGAAGAGAACUGCAUAUCAAAACAACAGUAGAGGGCGUUAUUUUGGUUCUAUUCCUGCUAAUGUUUCUGAAUCUGGGAUGAUGUUGGCUCCAAAGCGACAUAGACAGAGUGGUGAACUUGAAGAGGAACUUUCUGACUACAUCAGCCUAGAUGAUGUGAAUGAAGAAGUUUUAGACACGGUCGAUCAAUCAUUUGAGCCAGCAACUUUCUGUGACAAUGACUCCUUGGAUUUACAGUUGGACGAUUUUGAUGAACUUAUUAAACCAGUUCUUCUGUUGAAAACAAAGUUCACAAUGCAAUCACCUCAGUUUAGUAGCCUCCAAGCUUUUAGGCAAGUGGCGGAGAGUUAGGUGUUUGUAAAUGAGGUAAUUUAGGUAGUGCGAAACCCUUCCCCCCACCCCCAAUCCUUUUUUUUUACUCGUUUAUUUUGAAUGCAUAGCUUAAAUGUAAACAGGUCAUCCUCCCCCUCCCCUUCAUUUUUUUUUUUUUUUUGUGGAUUUACAAUUGUACAUUGACAUCUGGAAUAAUAAUUAAGAAAAAAGUUUCUUCUCGCACUA